UCUUGCUACCUUGUUUGCAUUUGUUAAGGUGACGAGCAUACAAUGUCGGUCUCGUACGCGGUAAAGGUCGAAGAAUCGAGGCCGGGAACCGGAGAAAAGCCGUCUGCCGGGCCGGUUUACCGGUGCAUCUAUGCUAAGGAUGGUCUCUUGGAUAUGCCGGACGGAAUGCAUUCUCCAUGGGAGUUCUUUAGUGAUUCUGUUAAAAGGAAUCCGACCAAUCGAAUGUUGGGACGACGACAAACUACAGAUUCUAAGCAAGCUGGUCCUUAUGUAUGGAUCACAUAUCAGGAGGCUUAUGAUGCAGCUCUCCAAAUCGGUUCUGCCUUGAGGAACCAGGGUGUCAAUCCUGGAGACCGAUGCGGUAUCUACGGAUCCAAUUGUCCGGAGUGGAUCAUUUCUAUGGAGGCUUGUAACAGUCAAGCUGUAACAUAUGUACCCCUAUAUGAUAGUCUUGGUGCUAAUGCGGUGGAGUUCAUCGUUAACCACGCUGAAGUUAAAAUAGCAUUUGUUCAAGAGAACAAACUCCCUUCUAUCCUAUCAUGCCUUCCAGCAUGUUGUUCUUACUUAAAAACCAUUGUCAGUUUUGCAAAUGUUUCCACCACACAAAAGAAGGAAGCCGAAGAGCGCGGUGUAUCUGUCUUUUCAUGGAAGGAAUUCUCCGAGCUGGGUUCUUUGGACUGUGAGCUUCCACCGAAACAGAAGACUGAUAUAUGCACAAUAAUGUAUACAAGUGGAACAACAGGAGAACCAAAGGGAGUCAUUCUCACAAACAGGGCAAUCGUGACAGAAGUUUUGUCUAUAGAUCAACUGAUAGAAAUCACAGACAAACCUUGUUCAGAAGAGGAUACAUAUUUCUCCUUCCUCCCUCUGGCUCACGUCUACGAUCAGAUGAUGGAGAGCUAUUUCAUCAAAAGAGGUUCCUCAAUAGGAUUCUGGCAAGGGGAUGUCCGUUAUUUAAUGGACGAUCUCCAGGAACUAAAACCGACAGCAUUUUGUGCGGUUCCAAGAGUUUAUGACCGCAUAUACACGGGUAUUGUUAACAAAAUUGCAUCCGGUGGUCUACUUCGGAAUAAGUUGUUCCAGUAUGCCUAUAACUACAAAUUGAGAAACAUGGAGAAUGGAUUCCCACACGACAAAGCAUCCCCUCUCAUGGACAAACUUGUCUUCGAGAAGGUAAGACAAGCAUUGGGAGGCAAAGUUCAUAUAAUGCUAUCGGGUGCAGCGCCUUUGCCGAGGCAUGUGGAGGAGUUUCUGAGGGUCUCUUGCUGCUCUAAUUUAUCACAAGGAUAUGGUUUGACUGAGACCUGUGGUGGGUGUUAUACUUCCCUUGCAAAUGUAAUGUCUAUGAUUGGGACUGUUGGGGUUCCAGUAACAACCAUCGAAGCGAGGCUUGAAUCGGUGCCGGAGAUGGGAUACGACGCACUUUCUGAUGUGCCACGAGGAGAAAUAUGCCUCAGGGGAAACACCCUUUUCUCAGGUUACUACAAGAGGCAAGACCUAACUGACGAAGUUGUUAUUGAUGGCUGGUUUCAUACAGGUGACAUCGGUGAACUGCAACCCGAUGGGACGAUGAAAAUCGUCGACAGGAAAAAGAACAUAUUCAAGCUUUCUCAAGGCGAAUAUGUUGCAGUCGAGAACAUUGAGAACACAUACUCGCGUUGCCCUCUUAUAGCAUCGAUUUGGGUUUACGGGAACAGUUUCGAGUCAUUUCUGGUGGCCGUGGUAGUCCCUGAGAGGAAGGCAUUAGAAGACUGGGCAAUGGAACAUAAUGAACCUACUGAUUUCAAGUCAUUAUGCGAAAAUCCGAAGGCGAAAAAGUACAUUUUGAACGAGCUAAACAACACUGGCAAGAAACAUCAACUUCGAGGCUUUGAAAUGCUAAAAGCAGUGCAUUUGGAACCGAACCCCUUUGACAUGGAGAGGGAUAUGGUGACCCCAACUUUCAAGCUUAAGAGGCCCCAACUGCUCAAAUACUACAAGGAGAAAGUUGAUCAACUUUACAGUGAAGCCAAGGGGACCAAGGCAUGCUAAGAUGAGUUGAGAGAGGAAGAAGUUGAAAACUAAGGUGUGAUUACAAGUGGUUGCAGAAGCAUGUUUCUGUUAUAUAGUAUUUACUUGAAAAGACAGGUCGGUAAUUGAUAUCCGGUAAAAAAAACACAUAUUGUAAAGCUUUCUUUGUUAUUAGUUCCACUGCACCAGUGUUAUUAUCGUCUAGUUGAACCCAAAUCAUCAUUGGAAAAA